UGCAAGACACAGGAUACUUUCUUCUCUCCUUCAGACUAUUCUCCGUUCAUCUUGGGAGAACUUUGUAAUUACAAUCUCAACACACGAAUUAUUUCCACAAUCAACACUAUCAAACCAUCCACUGAAAAUAUGUCUGACGCCAUGAACUGGAAUAAAGGUGGCCCCGGUACCAAAAGAGGAUUUGGUUUUGGCGGCUUCCAGAUAUCGUCUGGAAAGAAGGAAGAGCCAAAACUCCCUCAACAGUCCCAUAGUGCUUUUGGGGCCCCUGGUUCUGCGGCUGGAUUUGGGAAGACGGCACCACCUCAGCUACCUUCUUUUUACAAAAUUGGAUCCAAACGGGCAAACUUUGACGAGGAGAAUGCGUAUUUUGAGGAAGAAGAGGAAGAUUCCAAUAAUGUUGACUUGCCGUACAUUCCCGCUGAGAACUCUCCCACUCGGCAGCAAUUCCAUUCCAAACCACCUGACUCGGACAGUGAGGAUGACCCCUUGGAGGCAUUCAUGGCUGAAGUCGAGGAUCAGGCUGCUAGAGACAUGAAGAGGCUGGAAGAUAAAGACAAAGAAAGGAAAAAUACAAAGGGUAUACGCGAUGAUAUUGAAGAGGAAGAUGACCAAGAGGCUUACUUCCGUUACAUGGCAGAAAACCCCAAUGCUGGUGUGGUCCCAGAAGAAGAGGAGGAUAACCUGGAGUAUGACAGUGAUGGAAAUCCAAUUGCUCCAUCCAAAAAAAUCAUCGACCCUCUUCCUCCAAUUGAUCAUUCAGAGAUUGAAUACCCACCAUUUGAGAAGAACUUCUACGACGAACAUGAAGAAAUCACCAGCCUCACUCCACAACAAGUGGUGGAGCUACGCCAUAAGCUAAACCUGCGGGUCUCUGGAGCUGCUCCACCGAGGCCAGGAAGCAGUUUUGCUCAUUUUGGUUUUGAUGAGCAACUCAUGCAUCAGAUCAGGAAAUCGGAGUAUACACAGCCAACCCCUAUCCAGUGCCAAGGUGUUCCAGUAGCACUGAGUGGCAGAGACAUGAUUGGCAUAGCGAAGACUGGCAGCGGGAAAACAGCGGCCUUCAUUUGGCCCAUGUUGAUUCAUAUCAUGGAUCAGAAGGAGCUGGAACCGGGGGAUGGUCCCAUCGCGGUGAUUGUGUGUCCAACGAGAGAGCUGUGCCAGCAGAUCCAUGCUGAAUGCAAACGUUUCGGGAAAGCCUACAAUCUGCGCUCCGUGGCAGUAUAUGGUGGAGGAAGCAUGUGGGAGCAAGCAAAGGCUCUGCAAGAAGGAGCAGAAAUUGUCGUCUGCACCCCGGGCCGGCUGAUUGACCACGUGAAGAAGAAAGCUACCAACCUCCAGAGGGUCACUUACCUUGUGUUUGAUGAGGCCGACAGAAUGUUUGACAUGGGUUUUGAAUACCAAGUCCGCUCAGUUGCCAGCCACGUGCGUCCUGAAAGGCAGACUCUGUUGUUCAGUGCGACUUUUCGGAAGAAGAUUGAGAAACUGGCCAGGGACAUCCUGAUUGAUCCUAUUCGGGUGGUGCAAGGAGACAUCGGAGAGGCAAACGAAGAUAUCACUCAGAUUGUGGAGAUCCUCUCUGGCCCCAACAAGUGGAAUUGGCUGACCAGCCGCCUUGUAGAAUUCACCUCUUCAGGGAGUGUCCUCCUGUUUGUCACCAAGAAGGCAAACGCCGAGGAGCUAGCCAAUAACCUCAGGCAAGAGGGGCACAGUUUGGGGCUACUGCACGGCGACAUGGACCAGAGCGAAAGGAACAAGGUCAUCUCCGAUUUCAAGAAGAGCACCUUCCCAGUUCUGGUUGCUACCGAUGUGGCAGCUCGUGGUUUGGAUAUUCCCUCCAUUAAGACGGUGAUCAACUACGACGUAGCCCGUGACAUCGACACCCACACCCACCGCAUUGGUCGCACGGGAAGAGCCGGCGAGAAGGGCGUGGCCUACACCAUGCUAACACCCAAGGACAGCAACUUUGCUGGAGACCUCGUUCGGAAUUUGGAAGGAGCCAACCAGCAUGUUUCGAAAGAACUCUUGGACUUAGCCAUGCAGAACGCCUGGUUCCGAAAAUCCCGUUUCAAAGGAGGGAAGGGCAAGAAGCUCAACAUCGGUGGCGGAGGCCUGGGGUACCGCGAACGCCCCGGCCUGGGUUCUGACGGUUCUGAUCGUGGGAGUAACAGCGUGAUGAGCAAUUACGAGGCAUACAAACCUUCAACUGGAGCCAUGGGAGACAGGCUGUCUGCCAUGAAGGCGGCAUUUCAGUCCCAAUAUAAGAGUCACUUUGUUGCCGCCAGCUUUAGCAACCAGAAGUCCGGCAGCUCUGCCGCAGGGGCCAGUGGCUGGACCAGCGCCGGCAGCUUGAACUCUGUGCCGACAAAUUCAGCACAGCAGAACUUGGCAAAAUCCGACAACCCGAUGAGCGCAGCAAAGGGGCUGCCAGGCUUCGUGAGCUCUGGAACCCUAAACAGCAUCCCUCCCUUCCAAGCCCCCGCAGUUCAAGCCUUCAACAAUGUGAAUGCCAGCAACAGCCUCCGGGAAGGGAGCGGCGGUGGCCGGGAAGGGAGCAGUGGAGGCCGGGAACGGUACAGUGACAACCGGGGCAGCGGUCGCCAUGGGGACGGCCAGCGCCACGGAGACGGCAGCGGUCGCCACGGCGACAGCCAGCGCCAUGGAGAGGGCUAUCGCCACGGAGAGAACCGCCACGGGGACAGCCACCGUCACAGCGAAAGCCGACAUUCCGGCGGCGGAAGCAGCAGCCGCCACGGGGACAGCCGGAAUAACGGGGACAGCCGGAACAGCGGCGAGAACAGAAAUAGCGAGAACCGGAACAGCGAGAACAGGAAAGACGGCAACAGCAGGGACAACAGCAAGACAGACGGUUUUGCUGUCCCGGAACCCCCAAAGCGCAAGAAGAGUCGGUGGGACAGCUAA